GCUCAGGCUCAGAGACUGUCAGCGGGUUGUUCUGGUGGAUAUCGUCGAAACAAAACCUUCCAAGAUGGUUGAGAAGUUUGUUGGAACAUGGAAGAUGAUUUCCAGCGAGAACUUUGACGAGUACAUGAAAGCUCUUGGUGUGGGAUUUGCGACCCGCCAGGUGGGGAACCGAACCAAACCCAACUUCGUCCUGAGCCUGGACGACCAGGGAACCAUUUGCAUGAAGUCUCAAAGCACCUUCAAGACCACCGAGGUCAAGUUCAAGCUAAACGAGCCUUUUGAUGAGACCACUGCAGAUGACAGGAAGACCAGGAGUGUGGUGACACUGGAAAAUGGCAAGCUGGUGCAGAAACAGAGCUGGGAGGGAAAAGAAACUUGUAUUGAGAGGGACAUAUCUGAUGGCAAAUUGAUAGCGAGAUGCAUUAUGGGAGAUGUGGUUGCAGUGAGGAUGUACGUGAAGGAAGAGUGACCCUUCAUUACUGAAGCACUGCUGGAUGACGGGCUCAGUUCAAUGAGCGUAAACCCAAAGUGAAGGAGCGGCUUGUUCCACUCUGUACUCUUUAACCUCUGUUGCCAAAGUCAGAUUUUUUGUACCUCUUGUCUUCUGCAGAUCUGCUUGAAUUGUUGUGAAUUUGAAUUAAAAGUGCAUGCAGACGAGCUGAA